CUCCGGUGACGGCUCGAGGCGGACCGGGGCCGCCAGCUGGGUCGGAGCGGAGCGGCGUCAGGAUGGACGAAGACGUGCUGACCACCCUCAAGAUUCUCAUCAUCGGCGAGAGUGGGGUGGGCAAGUCCAGCCUGCUGUUGAGGUUCACAGAUGAUACUUUUGAUCCCGAACUUGCAGCAACAAUAGGUGUUGACUUUAAGGUGAAAACAAUUUCAGUGGAUGGGAAUAAAGCCAAACUUGCAAUAUGGGAUACUGCUGGUCAAGAAAGGUUCAGAACAUUAACUCCCAGCUAUUAUAGAGGUGCACAGGGUGUUAUAUUAGUGUAUGAUGUUACAAGAAGAGACACCUUUGUUAAACUGGAUAAUUGGCUAAAUGAAUUGGAAACAUACUGCACAAGAAAUGACAUAGUCAACAUGCUCGUUGGAAAUAAAAUUGAUAAGGAAAAUCGUGAAGUUGAUAGAAAUGAAGGUCUGAAAUUUGCCCGCAAGCAUUCCAUGUUGUUUAUAGAGGCAAGUGCAAAAACCUGUGACGGUGUGCAGUGUGCCUUUGAGGAACUGGUGGAAAAGAUCAUCCAGACCCCUGGACUGUGGGAGAGCGAGAACCAGAAUAAAGGAGUGAAGCUGUCACACCGAGAAGAAGGCCAGGGUGGAGGAGCGUGUGGCGGCUACUGCGCUCUGCUAUAAACUCUGGGGACACAUUUGAUCACAUAAUGACAUCCUUCCUGUACAUAAACUCUCCAACUGCUCUUUUAGGGACCUUGCAGUUUGCACAUAAUUUGUUUGCAUCAUGACAGUAAAUAGUUGCAGGAAAUUCCACUCAUUGGCUUUCCCAGGUAAUGUUACGGUAAGCAUGCACAGUUUGCAGUCUCCAUUUUU